AAUGAGUCAAGUCGGUGCUUCUCAAGUUCAUUUAUGGCUACGUGCAGAGACUAAGAAUAACGAACAGCGCACAGCUCUCACUCCAUCGGUAUGCAAAACUCUUUUGGCAAAAGGAUUCUGCAUCACUGUGGAGUGUUGCAAUCAGCGCAUAUUCAAGGAUGUCGAAUAUGAAAAAAUUGGUUGCACUUUGGCUCCGCAUGGGUCUUGGCGGUUUGCACCUGCCAAAUGUUUUAUUAUUGGACUGAAAGAGUUUUCUGAAAAGGACGACUUCCCACUCUGCCACAAACACAUCAUGUUUGCUCACUGCUUUAAAGGUCAAGAUGGCUGGAAGGAUGUUUUGGGUAGAUUUGUCCGUGGCGGAGGUCUUUUGCUGGAUCUAGAAUUUCUUGCACAGAAUGGUCGCCGAAUCGCUGCAUUUGGCUAUCACGCUGGCUAUGCCGGAGCUGCCGUUGGUCUGGAUGUAUGGUGUCAUAGACAGCUGUCACCAUCUUCAAGCUUGAUUCCUAAGCAACAUCCGUUUUCAAAUGACUCGGAUCUAAUUAAGCAUAUUCGAACUCGAUUGGAAAAAGCAGGUAAAGCUGCAGGCAAGACACCAAGCAUCAUGGUUAUUGGCGCACUUGGUCGAUGCGGGCGAGGUGCGUGUGAUCUGGCGCGUGCAGUUGGCCUUCCCGAAUCAUCCAUUGUAAAAUGGGAUAUGGCAGAAACUGCUGCCGGCGGUCCAUUUAAUGAAAUUCUCCGUCACGACGUAUUUGUCAAUUGCAUUUAUCUCUCGCAGCCUAUUGCACCUUUUUUGACUACCAAGAUGCUACAGGAUCCGAGUAGAGUGGUUUCAGUGAUUACCGACGUCAGCUGCGAUGCCACUAAUCCUCACAAUCCUAUUCCAGUUUACUAUGGGGCAAGCACGUUUGACAACCCUGUCAUCAAAGUUGAGGCUGGUCGCGGCAGUGUGGAUGUCAUUGCGAUCGAUCACCUUCCAACUCUAUUGCCACGCGAGGCUAGUGAAGCAUUUUGUAACGAUCUCCUUCCUAGUUUGCUUGAACUCGUUGAGCCCAUCAGGUCUCCAGUAUGGACUGAUGCAGCAACUCUUUUUUUCAAAAAAUCUCAAGCAUUACGUACAGAUGCUAAAUUAUAAGACUGCCGAGUUGAUUAGCACAAAGCACGAAUAUUGUUUAUUCUGAUUUUGACCCAUAUCUUAUUGGUUUGUGCCUUGAGUCAGAUUCUGGCGUAUAGUUACGUUGAC